GUGGGCGAGAGGGUAUUAUCUUUCAGAAGCUCAAAACAGGCUCUUGGUCCUUGCCUGAUAUCAAGUGUAACUCUGGAAUGUCGAGCUUAUUGAAGAAGGCUUCUUCCUUCAUAUCCAGCAGGAGGGGGUCUAUAGGAAACCAGCUAGGAGAUGAACCGCUUUCUACUGAGGCCAAGUCCCUACUCGUAGGCAUUGAUAUACACAAGCCUAUUCUUACUGGAAGAGUCUUCAAGCAGUCGCAGGACGGAAAGCAAUUUAACAAGAGGUUCUUUGUUUUGUAUCCGAAAGUCCUGCUGUACUUCCAAAAUGAAAGGACAUACCAGAAUUCAUUGAAGAGAGGGAAGAUAGAGUCAGGCUGCAAGGUCUUCAAACUGAAGGGUCUUCAUGUAUCGCUGGUCAAGCCGCUACCACCCGGAGCAGAGUUCUGUUUUAGAAUCCAUCUUCCAGAUGCUUUUAAUCCAAAAAAUGAAGUCUUACUUGCUUUUCACAAUCGCAGAGCAAAGAGAAAAUGGAUGAUGCAUCUUCAGGCUCAGAAUCCUAAUCUUGUCUUGAAAAGAAACUCUUAAAGCAUAAUGUGACACACACCAGCCAUCAUGUACGCAAUCUGUAUAGUGAUAUAUUUGUAAUAUUAUUUCGUCGGUUUAUUUUUGUUUGAAUUUUUAAACUCCUUUUCCUUUAUGUUGUUGCUAUUGUAAGUGUAAUGGCAUACAUUGACUUUUAAUAUUAUUUAUUUACUGUUAUGACUUGAUGCGUUUGGAAAAACCAGACAUGACUGGA